AUGCCUACGAAGGGCUCCAAGAAGCAGAAGCAGCACAGCAAGGCGCAGCGGCAGCGGCAGACGUGUGAGAAAUCCUGGCUGAAGGAGGUCUCGAUGGACACCAUGCCAGACAGCCGCGACUCCGAGUACGUUAUGAUCAACGGCAAGCGCGAGAGCAUGCUGGGCGCCCUCACCCUCAUGCCCGAAAUGAACGUCGCUGACCUGGCGGGCGACGGCCUGGGCAAUCUCAUCCAGCUGUUUGAGAAGCGGAUGAUGCCCGACGACCCCGAGGGGCUGGAGGACUUUGAGGCGCCGUUCCCCAACAAGCUUGACUGCGAGGACGGCGCCUUUGUGGCCAACCUCCUGAACUCGGGGCGCCUCAGCGCCCGCAGACCUGACGAGUUUGUGAUCAUCGCGGCGCACGAGUGA